GUGGAAACCCGUGCUCUGAGGAAACCUUUUUUCGAAAAUUACAAAACCAUUUUGAUAUUUGCACACAUUUUAGGCGAGGUGUGUAACAAUGAGUAAAAGAUACAAACAUCCUGCUUUUAAAACGAAACCAGUUCAGGAGUUGCUGUGUAAAUUUUGUGAAAAUUGCGUCUGCCGCAGGGGAAUGAAAGCAAUUUUGUUGGCAGACACUAAUGUUGAACUAUUUUCAACGGAUUUUCCUCCUAAAUAUCAUGUUGAUGUUGUUGGGCCAACUUAUAUAACAUCGAACUGCAAUUGCAGAAUCAGAGAUGUAGCCUGCACACAAUGUGGUAAUAUUGUAGGCUAUCAUGUAAUUUUACCAUGUACUCCAUGUAUGCAGUCUUGUAACAAUGGUCAUUUCUGGAUGUUUCAUAGCACUGCCACAUAUGCACUUGACAGAGUGGAUAAUACAGGAUGUAAUAUACUAUUGUGGGGUAAGCUGCCAGAAACACAAGAAGAAGAUGACAUGAUGGAAUCAUCAGACCCAUGGUUUGAGGAAUGUUACAGAUAGUGAAUGUCACAGACAGUAACAUACUGAGCAUACUUUAGGCUGUAACUGGAAACCUGCACAUCCCAGUUGUAUCCUCAGGACAUUUAUAAUCAUAAAAUUUGAACCUUAACCUUUGUAGUGAUUAUAUAGACUUCUAGUCUUGGAAACUUUCUACAGCUAUCAGCUAUGAAAACAGUUUUCCACAUUCCAGCAUACAAUUUUGUUUCAUUUUAUAAAUUUAUGAUCAUAGUGAAAUAUGUAACGCAGGCAUCCCAAGAUAUAUUGUCUUCAGUUCUUUUUCACAGUAAACAGUCGAGUUAAGUGGCUGUAAACUUAGCUCUGUUUUUUUUUACUUUCACUUUAAGAAACAUUUUCCACAUUCUUGCAUAAUGUGGUUUUUCUACAAGGACAUGUUCAGUUGCAUGUCCUAAAUAUUGUACUCGACUGAAAUAAAUAAUUAUCACUACCUGUGCAAUGAUUGGUUGACUCCAGGCUUAGACACCCGUAAUACUCUAUUUGCUGUAUUAGAAGUGCAUAAAAAAUGCCCAUUGUGAUCCCAAAUUUAUUUAGUUAUGUUCCAUUAAAUAUAGAGCAAAUACAGUAUACACUAUCUAAUUGAUUCUGAGCUAUAUAGAGACAAGAGAAGAGUAUAUGAUCUAAUUUAUUGUUUGUAUUUGUUUCUUAAAUUAUUGAAAAUAUAUACAGUAGUUGCUCUAUUAGAAGCACAUUUCUUAUAGCAGUGCAAAUAAAAAUAGCAUGCAUUUUAAGUGGAUCAUUAAAAUAGGAUUUAUUUUGACCUAGACCAUUUUAUCAUUUAGAAAAUAAACUCUGGAUCCAGACCCCAUAUAGUAUGUGCUUUGCAAUUCUCAGGGCAAUUCACUUGGCUUAUGAACAUACAUAAUAUUAGUCUUCGUACAGUGUAAAAGAGGCGUGGUUUUUGAGAAAAGUAGAAAACUGCUAUUGUAGGCAUAAAAAAUUCACAGUACAUACAACACAUUUUAAGAUGCUUCUAUUCUUGUUGCGGGAGUAUUUUCUAAUGAAUCUUUAUUCUUAUUGACAUCUUUUUUG